AUGCACUCGGAUGGUGCAUCACGGCCUAGUUCGAACAAUGAAGUCAACCAAAAUUCUGUCGGGGAGGAUGCAGUCAUAUCGAUGAGAGCAGCAGUUUUAGAUAUUGCAUUUGGAAGUAUUGCAGGAAUGGUUUCGGAAGUUUUUGAAUACCCAUUUGACUUGGCCAAAGUCCGUCUUCAAUCUCAGCUUCUGUCACCACCGAGCUCGGAUGGUCAGCCACGGUUCAAAGGCCCUAUGGACUGUCUCAUGCAGACGUGGCGCGACGAAGGAUUCAAAGGACUAUAUCGCGGCCUUCCGGUACCUCUUGUAGGCUCUAUGGCAGAGACUGCAGCGCUAUUUGUCUCAUAUUCGUCCUUAAAAAAUGUCAUACGCCGUUAUAAUGCCUCUUCAGAUGAAUUGACCAUCCCACAACUCUGUCUAGCGGCUGCAGGGGCAGGGGCUGCCACGUCGUUCAUAUUAACACCGAUAGAAUUGGUUAAAUGUAAACUACAAGUCCAAAUGAUGACUACCCCGACGCCUGCACGCAUCCCGCCUAUACAUGUUCCCAUAACACCUAAACAUCUACCCAAAAAUCCAUCGUCCGCAUCUAUCUACUCUCCUUAUCCUGCAACUACUGCAUCCGCGCCGGUGGCAAGUUCUCACCUCCCUGGCCCGUUCUCCAUCGCCCGAAACGUAGUUGCGACCAAUGGUUUUCGUGGCUUAUGGCUAGGCCAUACUGGAACCGUCCUCCGCGAAACCGGAGGUACAGCUGUGUGGUUCGCGGUCAAGGAGUGGGUCGCGAGAGUUUUGAAGGACCGGAGAGCAAAAGCCGAUCCAGGCGUUCUUCCGGCUGAAAAUAAUCCAUCCACACUACUACCUUGGGAAUCGGCUUUUUCGGGUGCGAUAUCUGGUGCGGUAUGCGUCGCUGCAUUAUACCCGGCAGAUACAGUGAAAAGUGCAAUGCAGACUGAAGAGGAGUUGCGUGAGAUGCGGACGUAUCAGAAACGCGCGUCCAGCGCGGCGAGGGAGUGGUCGACUUCCUCUUCAUCCAUCCCACCAAUAUCUUCCUCACCAUCUUCCGCAUCUUCCUCUCCUACCUAUCCGUCUGCGACCGCCUCUUCAUCCGGGGCUGCUCCUAAACCUUCUUCUAUUAUACCUACCUCAGCUAUCAGGCAAACAAUCAGUAAUAGCAAGGCACUUGCUGGGGCUGCAAGAGUCAGCAUAGAAUCAAUGUCUUUUCUAGAAACCUUUCUCAAAAUUUACCGCACGCAUGGUGCAAAAGGUCUUUAUUCAGGUUGCGGGAUGUCUAUGGCGAGGGCCGUACCCAGUAGCGGUAUCGUUUUUGUGGUUUACGACGGUUUAACGGCAUGGUUCUCGUAG